AGUAGAGAUUUGGCAUCUGUGCUGGGUGGACAUUUCGCGGAUUGUUCGUUGGAUUAUUCAUAGCACCUCUGCUGUGGUUUACUACAUCUCUCCUUGUGGGGAUCGGUUCUCCUUCGGAGACGUCCUUACCACUCCAUCGCAGUAUUUCUCGCGCGUCGGAUCGUCAAUUUUGUGUGAUUUUCCGCAGUGAAGACAUUUUCAACUGAGGUUUCCGGGAUUAUUUUCCUCCAAAAUACACAAGAAAAAAUCCCCAAAAAAUUUUCAUCGAUACUCCCUAACCAAAAGAGCGUUAUUGCCUUGAAUUCCGUGGCAAAAGAAUUACCAACCCCUCGAGUGUGAGUGUAGUUGUGGCCUCUCUUCAUAUAUCUUUUUUUUUCGGGGGAGGAUUCAGCCACCCUUCGGCAGUGCAAGUGUGUGUGUGUGUGAGCUUUGGAGCCACGCAAAAAUGAGAAAUUAGAGGCAUGGCUUCCAAAGAAUACCAAUUCGUAACAUUUUGGCCCUCUUCGAAAUUUCCAUCGCGACCAAAUCGACCCUCAGUGAAUUCUGUGUAGAAGAAUACAAAAAAAAUAAGGAGAGAAAAAGAACUUUAGGACAAAAGACACUUCAAGGACUAAGUCAGGACUGUCCUCAAUCUGGUUUCCAGACAUCAGCAACGCGGAAAUGGAUAAGAAACGGAUGAAUUUGUGCAUAUUGCUACUCCUAGUUGCUGGUUUGGCUGCCGCCGUGGAGGUGCACUUUGAGACGCCGGACAGUGGCUUCUUCCUCAAGCACUCACCUCGCCAGUCAGCGUCCGAUAUCGUCUCUUCCCAUCAAUCCGGCGUUCGCAUCAAGAGCAACCAGGAGUCCAUUCUGUCCGUGGAUCGAUUUACUGUUGUGCAGACAACACAACCCGUAUCCAUUCGCGCCAGCUACGGACCCUUCUCCACCAAGCAGACCGUCCCUGCUCGCUACAUUGUGCCAGAUGUCGUGGAAGCCCAGCCAGAGCACAUGCAGAAUGCUACUGCAGCCCUUAUGGACUUGCAGCAGUCCAACAUUCAUCUAGACAUAUCAGCUCACCUGGUGCGCUCCUCAAUACCACGUGACUCUCCCGUUUUGAGAGUCCUCUUCCAUGCUGGAGCCGAUCCAGGGGGACACGUUCAGCGACAGAAGAUCUGUGUUCUCCUCCAUGUGGCCAUGGGCUCAAGGACACCCCUCAAAGGCCGAUGCAUGCCUGAGGGGGAAGAUGGUGUCUGUGUUGCUGAGGUUGUUGUACCAUCGAGCUGGUGGCCUCCACUUCCGCCACCAGAUAAGGACGGUCGUGGUGUGAUUCCGCCAAAGGUGCCACAGAGACUCGCUCAAGUGUCAUACAGUGUCUUUGAACCUCCCACCAGGAAUCCAGAACAGUGCGAACCUAAAGUACAAAUCCAACCAUUAACACCAUUCGCUCAAGUUCCACUGGUUCCAGCUCAGGCAGCAUACAAAGAGCUCAGGGCAGAUGAAACACUGACAAUGCUGGUGCCCCAUCAGCCACUCUAUCCCAUGUCAAAGAUCCACGUGCCUGUCUUCCUGCAGUCUCAGCCCGACCAAAAUGUUGCCGUAUUUAUCGUGAGAGCUCGAGUGAAGGCGGGAAUGCGAAUCCUUGGCGCAACGGCAUCGUCAGAUGAAUGGAAUAUAUCGCUGGAGAAGGAGAAUCCAAAGCAUACAGUGGCACGUGUGACAGCAUUCCGGAAGGACCAGGAUCCAGACAGUAAUGGAAAGAAUGGCGAUAGCACCAAUUUAAACAAAAUUGUCGAGGUAUUCUCAUGGCUUCUCGAGGUUGCCAAUGACACAAAGGAGCACUGGGAUGGCGGAAGGAUCGUGUGGUCAGUGAGUUAUGUACACGAUGGUCCUAAAUUGAGGGACUCCUCCAUGGAGAACCUUGGGAGUGUCCCAGGAGAGGAGUUGCGUCGAAAGUUGGUGGCAAAAUUGGAAAUUCAAAAGGACGACAUUCAAGCAGUUUUACCCAUUUCCAAGAAUUGGGAAGUAAUGAACACAGCUGUUUUAACCGGGAGGCAAGUUUCGCAGGCAAUGAAAGUUUUUAUUGUGUCACAAGCGGGAAAAGUUGCUGACGUCACAUUGCAAAGUUCAUGUCACGCAGAAGAUGAGAGUGUUAUCAAGGUAUCCUCAUCGUGUAGUUCAGUGUACGUGGAUGGGUCUGAGGCUCGGGGUUCAUCAAAUGCAUCAAUCAUUGUGAAAUACGGAACAUAUAUUGGUCGUGCACGCUUCACCGUGUGGAUGCCGGAAUUUCCGCUCGAAGUACUCGUUGCAGACUUUCGCUUGUCCCAAAUAAAGGGGUGGAAGGUGCCCGAGGAUUAUAGCAGCAGCAGUGGCGGCAAAAUGCGACGGAAGAAGCGUGCUUAUGGCUGGAAUCAUCACGGGGAGGAUUUUGUCAAUGGUGUAAAUAGCGAGAAGGCUACAUGUCGGGCUCGAUAUCAACAGAGUCCUGUGGAGGUCUAUGCUCGUUUCCUGGCUGUGGAUCAAGAUUCUGGUCGGGUGAGCUACCUCAUAUCCAGACGAACGGGACUAAGAGUGACUGAUCUGGUUCAACCUUUGCUACGUGUGGCUGAUCCCAAAAUUGCUACCCUUAGGGGUAGGACACUACAGGGAAGAGCCAUGGGUAGAACUGAUGUGCAAGUGUUGUCGCCAAUCACGGGACGCGUGAUUGGUGCCAAAGAGAUUCGCGUGGGAAGUGACAAGGUGACGCUGAGUCGGUUGAUUGUGAGGGUUGUCUCGGGUCUACAACUUACAAUUGCUCCAGACAGCACAAUUGACAAUGGGUACAUUGCAGAGACGUCUGUCACACGGCGUCUCACGGCUCAAUAUCAGGAAGGAUUGCUGGAUAUUGAUUUGGAGUUCUCAGACGGUGCUCGAACACCGCUCAGAGACGUAUCUGUAGAUGACUAUUUCCUCUUGGUGGAGAGUUUGGACACAGAAGUUGUGGCUUUUGCACCCAUGCUCGCGUCUCACCAUCCACGUGUAAUUGCCGUUGGAGAAGGAAGUGGGGACCUCCUGCGGGUUACCCUACUUCUAUCUGAAGAAUGUCGCUUGAGGAAAAAUGUUCCGCUCUCAAAGCAAAAUGCCAAAGUCAAUCCAGGGCACUUGGCCACAGCUCUGGCCACGGUACAAGUGGAUUUUAGUUCGACAGAUUCACCCGGCAGGCCGGAUACUGUUCAGAAUGACGGUUUUUCGGGGAGAGAGAGAAAGGGUGGUCGUGAUAUGGGAGAUCUCAAUGACAUCCUGAUUGGAAUUCCACUGAGGGAUGAUAAUAGCCAUGAGCCGACUGUUCAGGCCAGACAACACCGUGGAGGAGUCGUCACAGCUGUGGGUGCUCCAGAUAUUUCUCACAAGAGCAGACCACAUGCUGAUAUGACAUCCCUGGAGAUCGGGAUGUAUGUUUUACUGACAGCUUUCUGCUUUGCCAUUGCAAUCUUUGUGGUGUCUUGUGUGGUGUACGCUUCGAAGUUCCGCCCUGUUACCAUUGAGGCUGUUAGUGAAAGUGACCAUUCCAACAUGAAAGCCCUCUCGAGCAUUGGAAUCAUUCGAGAACCUCGACAUCCACGUGAACCUACGACAAAUGCUCAUGACUGGGUUUGGUUGGGCAGAUCAACUCUAGAUAAAUCUACAGCGGAUCAGGAAGCAAAUCGGACAUCUCUUCAUGAAACCCAAAUGCGUAUCACCAGCAACCCCAUGAAUCUCAAUUACGUUGAUCCUGACGAUGCAAUCGUCCAGGCAACCAGUUUUGAUAAUCCUAAUCACAUUCAGCUGCCCUCAACGGCUGGACCAUCAAUUGACACAAAGACGUACAACAAGAGAGAACGCCGAUGCAAACCCACCCUCAACUUCUCAGAUGGUAAUCCACCACCUCUGCCGCCCCAUGGCAUUCCAGGGUCUGAAGGCAACCGGGAGGAUUAUCGACCACCCGUUCCGCCACAUCGCAAUAUUGGUGUCACCGCAAAUGCUAAUUAUAUGAAUGGGAUUUCGCACAGGCCCAUCCCGGAGAGCAUAAUGCCUCCACAGAGGCGCCAUCAUCAUAAGCAUCAUCGCAAUGGGAGUGGAGUGAGUCGGAUGCAGGCGGCUGGGAGUAGUUCGUCCGCAUCCGAGUCACCCUAUCCCAUUAUGCAGGAGGCAGUGGUGCAUAGCGGCCAGCACCAUCUCAACUAUACGCAACAGCAGAUAAAUGCGGCUUUGUUCAACAUGGACUCGCCGCCACCGCUUCCGCCGGCGCAUCAUGUUGAAGAGAUCUUCCUGGAGCAGAGCCGGUACGUCAAGUCACCCAGGCAGACUCCUACGGCUGAGGAUUUAGCCCAGAAGGCACUCGGCGAAAUUGGAAAGUCAUUGGGUGACGUGACGCAGGAUAGAGCUACCACAGAUGCUCAUUCAACAGAAAAAUCCGCUGAUGCGAUGUUGGAUUCAGGCAUUGGUCUGGUGGAGGUGCAACAGAAGGAGCAAUCGCAGAGACAAUCAGCGAAUGAAUCAACGCAGAGGAGCACAGAGUCGGAAUCCGACGACAAUGGUGGCUUCGUGACGCCACCAGGAGAGUGUCCUUCGACCCGGGCACAGCAUCAAGUGAAGCGUGCCACGGUCGUGGGGAAUCCCAUGUUCUCCAACAGUGAGGACAGUGACCUGGGACCCGGAGAGAGCCUCGGUCUGGAUGACCUGGACAUGGACUAUGAGCAAAUUAUGCACUACUUUGAUAAUCUAAAGGAAUCGAAUGCCUGAGUUCAAGAGAUCAUUGCAAAGAUACGCGACAUCUUAUCAACAUUUCAGCAACAAUAUAGAAAUGUAGCACUUCCCAACAGUCCCACAAUUCCCGGAAUCGAUGAUCCCAACUUCGAGUACUUUUUCGAACACUUAAGUGAGUCAUACGCUUAAAUAGAGGAGACAUGAAAGAUUUAUUGAUACUGUGUAUAGAUACUUAUUUAAUAGAGAACAGUAGUGCAAGUUUGACCAAAUUGAUGGUCACUGGAGAGAAGAAUGUGAUGAAAUAUUCUGGAUAUUUCAUCAAUUUAUUUAUACAUACAUAGCAGUAUAUUUAAUGCAGAGUCUCAACCUCAAUGUAAAGUAUCUCUAGUUGAUAUUUCUUUUUUGUUCUUAAAUUUUAGUCAUCGAAAUCUCAUGCCAGAGAUUGUUGUAAUUUAAUUGUAAUUAUAGAAAAAAAGCAUUCAUUCUCAUUAGAAAUCCAAUCAUUAUUCAUCUUAACUAAUUUAUCAUUGUGUACUUUGUAAGUCAUCUCCCAAGAUAUUCAAUCAUAAAUCAUUAUCAUUUGGACGUUGUGUGUAAAAUAAAACGCGCCUUUGCAGUGAUCAGAUAAACAGAAACUCAAGAUAAAAAUGUUUUUUAACAAGAAGUGACGUUAAAGAGGGAGAACUUUGUAGUACACCAAAAAAAAAGGAAAAUCCACUAAAAAAAAGUGAAUAAAUUCCAAUAGGAUGCUUUCAAAAGUCAUUCAGAAUGGAUUCAAUAAAUCACCACCUCCACCAGAAAAAAAAGAAAAAAGGAAAAAUCUAACUCAAUGUCAUACCCAAUGAAGCUUUUAUAUCACACCCCUUUUAUCUCAAAUCCCUCCCUGGCCUUGACUGAGAAGAAACUGUAACGGGUGGUCUGUGGUAUUCAUUGAGUCCAAAUGCGAAGGAUGAAAUCGCAAAAAAGAAAUAUCUAAGAAAAAAAAAGCGAUGUACAUAAAAUAUUCUAGUCAUUCAGUAUGAAAAGUGAAGAAUGGACACAGAAGAAAUAAAUUUGCUAAAAUAAAAAGACAUUAACAAUGCAGCAAAAUUAAAUGAAAACGCUCUCAAAACCAAUAUAAAUAUUAAAUAGUGAAAGCUUAAUUAGAUGUGUAUGAUAUACUGUAGCUUUAAUAGCGUGAAAGAACAUGUUUUUCAUUUCAGAAAGACACGUUUAAACUCAUUUAUAUUUAUUCUCACACAAGAGCCAUUUGACAACAACGUAAUUAAAA